AAGCAAGAAGAGUCUCCUGAUUUGAGUGCAUGAAAAACUAGAGUUAUGGCUCGUCAGACUGAAGUGGUUUUGCUUCUUAUUCUCGCCAUUGCAGCAGCAGCUUCUGCUGAUGUGGAGAAUCCUCUUUCAGAGGGUUAUUUUGACCAGCUUGUACAAGAAGCCAUAAAGCAAAAUGCAAAGGGGACAUGCCCCGGAUGCUGUCCAUUGGGCUGGGUGAAAUAUAAUGGAUAUUGCUACAGUUAUCACAGCUCAAACAUGGACUGGGCUUCUGCUGAGAAACACUGUCUGAAAUUCAACGCAAACUUGAUGUCAGUGCACAGUCAGAACGACUAUCUGAUGGCCAAGGCCCUUAUCCGUGCAUUUGACCCCGUGGAGCCCCCAACUUGGCUUGGCCUGUCUAACUGUCAGAAGAAGAAUGAGUGGUUUUGGUCUGAUGGCACCAAAUUGAUUUUCACCAAGUGGAAUCCAAAUGAGCCAAAUUUUGAGAAAGGAGAGUGCUGUGUGCAUAUGAACUGGGACACGCAGCGGGACUGGAAUGACAUUCCAUGUGAUCAGAGGUUUCCUUUUCUGUGUGCCAAGAAAUUUAACUGAAACUCUGACCUCAUCUGUAAUGUGAUGUAAAAAAAAUACAUUUCCUUGUCCUAAGAUGGCACAAAUACAUUUGUGAAAACACACUGUAAAAUCUUAAGAAAAUUUGAACAAUACGGAUAAUAAAAAAUAAAUAAUAAUUCAAAUAAGA